AUGGCAGGUGCAGUGUACCCUGGACAGGCGCCUGUGGAUUUAGACAUACAUCAGAGCUCCUACAUGGUCGACUACAAACUCUACGGGAAACACAAAUAUGCCAGCGUCACACUGGAAGAGCAAGCAAAGCUGGAUACCCAACUCCAGAACAAAGACUUUUACAGGCCUACCCCCAGCCCCAAUCCCAAGCUACAAGAUGGAUACCCUGCCUUCAAAUGACCCGACAUGACCGCCGAAGACCUGGGGCAACCCGGCUUCUUCCCACCACAGGACCAUGUGGAUCCAGAGGAGGAUGAAUGCAGGUUUGUCAACAUCUUUCCUUCCGUGUACCCAGCUUCCCACACCCACCUGGCCCACGGCGAUGCCAACCAGAUUCACCAGAGUGCCGACUUCGCCUGCCUUUUGGAGCCCGAGCGCCAGCCUGCUGCAGAGGUGAGCAAAGGCUACUUUCUACUGCUUGGCUGUGCCUGUCCUUAUCACUGUACAGUCAAGGUCCCCAUCUUGAACUGAUGGGGACCCUUGAUGCCAUUUUACCAGUAG